AUGUCUCGAACAACUCGCUUCAAAGCGAACGUUCUAUCGAUUCGAUUACUCAUGUUAUUGCAGUGUAUAUUUUCUUCUAAUAUUACAAAGGGACAUAUAGUGGGCGAUAAAGCUCAUUUGACUGAACUAAAGAAACUAUGUGAACAUGCUUACACAUGUUUCCAUGACACCGUCAUUAUAUGUGGAAAAUCGGUCAACGAAGCUAGAACUUUUCUUGACUUAUGUGAUUUGUACGAAUACUCCUGUGAAUAUAAUAUGGUUUACAGGCAUGUUAAAGAAGAAGAGGGCAUCUGUCCAAAUCCUAAGGAGUUAGGUACUGGCAUCGGAUAA